UCUGUCAAAUUGUGAUCCCGUAUUGCAACACAUUUUCCAUUCGUUGUGCAAUCCGGUUAACAUCUCGCAAAUUUAAAGUACCAGAAUGGAUGAGGUUAUCGACAAAAGCGACUUUUUUCUACGUGACAUUCCCGAUGUUAAAAUUAGCCGACAGCCCGUUAAAGUCGACCGACCACAAGUGAAAGAGGAGUUGCAAUUUAUCAAAUUAUCGGAUGAUGUACAGGAACAAAUUUUGGAAACUCUGAAAUUUAUUCAUGGACCUGAUUUUAAAUUGGCCUCAAUCAGUGACUAUGAGGAAAGUAAACUAAAUUUUGGUAAGAAAUUUUGGAUAGGAAGAGGCAGUUUAGUAGUUAAAGGUGUAACAAACUUUUCACAAUCUAAAGAUGGAUCAGAUAAUGAGUUUGACAGGCUCAGGGAAUUUGCUUUAAUGAGGUUGCAAAGUUAUGGAUUUCAUGGUACUCAUUGCCUGGAAGCUUUUACAUAUUGCAAUGGAAAUGUUGAAGAUGCUUUAUAUUUACUUUAUCACAAAUACAUGAGAACAAUGCCUUUGGAAAAUGUGGAACACAAUUUAACAGAUGUGGAACUCUUGGAACAGAGAACAGAUGAGAAAAGUUCUUUAGAGUCAAUUUAUGAUCAACAGUUUAAUGAAAAGGUUCAAGAUGUUUGGAUAUUAACAUUGAAGUUAGACUAUUUAAUUAAAAUGUUCCAUAAUAAAGAAAGUAAGAAAAUUACUGUCAAUGUAAAAAAGAAAGAUAAAUGUAGGAAUUUUAUUAGGGGUAAUUGUAAAUUUGGUGAUAAAUGUAGAUUCUCCCAUGACAAGGAAGUGAUUGAAAUUAAACCAGACCAACAUUUAAAUGAUUUUAGUUUUGAAUUGGAAAUUAGAUUUCCUCCAAAUACCAAAUAUCCAUUUGAAGCUCCUUUAAUAUUCCUAAAAACCAAUGCAGUAUUGCCACCACUAGUCAAUUUGCAUAUAUGUAAAAGAUUGUAUGAAGAAGCAUUACUAUUGGCACAAGAUGGUAUUCCUUGUGUUUACACAAUAACUGAACUGUUACAAAAUGAAAAUGAGAUCACUGAACAUUUAAAGAAGGAUGUCAGUUUUUUGGAACCAACUGAGAAACUGUUCCCUAUUAUCAAUGACACCAAAAAAGUUAUUAGACCUUCACACUAUAAAAAGGGUAAAACCAACAAAGAUAACAAAAAGAAGUUGUCCUUAGAAGACAUCCAAAAGGAGGACUCACGAAUCGUUGAAAAUUUCGCGAAGAAACUGAAAGACCCGAAGUACGAACGCAUGAUCCAAAGUCGUAAAAACCUUCCUGCUUGGCUCUUGAAAAAGGAUAUUCUGAACACUAUUCAAAAGUACCAGGUGGUGGUGGUCAGUGGCGAAACUGGAUGCGGUAAAAGUACCCAGGUACCGCAGUACAUCCUCGAUGAAUGGAUCGCCAAUUACGACAACGAAAACAACGGACACAUCGAAAUCGUUUGCACGCAGCCAAGAAGGAUAUCGGCUAUAGGUGUGGCCGAAAGAGUGGCCGAGGAACGGAUUGAGAAGAUAGGUGAUACGGUCGGUUAUCAAAUCCGAUUGGAGAGCAAAAUGUCGAACAGUACGAGACUCAGUUUUUGCACCACCGGAAUUUUAUUGCGUCGUCUAGAAAGCGAACCUCAUUUGCAAAACGUUACGCAUAUCAUUGUUGACGAAGUCCACGAGAGAAGCGAAGAAAGUGAUUUUCUUCUUUUGAUUCUUAAAGAAUUGUUGGCCGUUCGUAAAGAUUUGAAAGUAAUUUUGAUGAGUGCUACUUUAAAUGCCAAUUUGUUUUCUGAUUAUUUUGGAGAAGUUCCUAUUUUGAACAUUCCUGGAAGGACGUUUCCAGUAGAACAGUACUUCCUGGAGGAUAUUUUAGAGGCCACCAAUUACGUCCUAGAAGAAGGUUCACAGUAUUCCAGGAAGAUUAAGAAGGAUUCGGAUUAUUUGGAAGCCAUGAUGGCCUCUAGUGAAAUAAAUUUUGCCAACGCAAUGCCAAAAGAUAAUAUUAGAGACGAUAAUCUUAGUUUAACACAAACUAUGGCCAGAUUUCAAGGUUUUAGUGUAAAAACUUGUAAAAAUCUUUUCUUGAUGGACCCUGAAAAAAUCAAUUAUGAACUCAUUGAAUCAAUUUUGACCUGGAUUGUGUCCGGAGAACAUGACUAUCCGAGGACUGGUUCAAUUCUAAUUUUUUUGCCAGGGAUAGCUGAAAUUACUAGUUUGUUUGAACAGCUCAAUGAACAUCCGACCUUUGGACCCAGACAUGGCAAAUUCAUUUUAUUACCUCUGCACUCAUCUUUAACCAGUGAAGAACAAGCAGCUAUUUUCAGGAAACCCAAAAACGACCAAAGAAAAAUUGUGAUAUCAACUAAUCUAGCGGAAACUUCAGUGACGAUAGACGAUUGCGUGUUCGUCAUAGACUCAGGAAAAAUGAAGGAAAAACACUUCGACCCCAAUAGGAACAUGGAAAGCUUAGAGACAGUGUGGGUGACAAGAGCCAACGCCCUCCAAAGGAAAGGUCGAGCGGGUCGUGUGAUGGCGGGAGUAUGCGUUCACUUAUACUCCCGACACAGAUUCAAUCACCACAUGUUGCCGCAACCGAUACCCGAAAUUCAUCGGAUACCUCUCGAGCAACUGAUCCUCAACAUCAAAGUGUUGCCCAAUUUCGAAGACAGAGACGCGAAACACGUAUUGGAAUCGUUCGUCGAGCCCCCGGUCACCGAGAAUGUCGCUACAGCUAUGAAAAGACUUCAAGAUGUCGGAGCGUUGGACAAAUUGGAGGCUUUGACGGCCCUCGGCCAUCACUUGGCUGCCUUACCCGUCGACGUUAGGGUGGGAAAGCUGAUGUUGUACGGGGCAAUUUUCAGUUGCGUUGACGCGGCGUUAACCAUUGCUGCAUGCUUGAGCUACAAAAGUCCUUUCGUUUCGCCUUUCGGAAAGAAAGACUUGGUAGAUGCUAAGAAGAAAAAGUUUGCAGCAGGUUUCAGUGACCAUAUUACUGUAUUACUGGCGUAUAAGAAAUGGUUAGCGACUUAUAAGAAAAGUGCUUUGGCUGGCAGAAAUUUUGCCAAUGAGAAUUUUCUGUCUCAAAAAACUUUGGUGACCAUAGCGGAUAUAAAACAUCAGUUUUUGGAAUUGUUGGUUGACAUUGGUUUUAUUUCUGUUAAUUUGACUGGCGCCAGAAGACGAACUGGACAAGAUAACGUUUACGAACUUACAGGAUCAGAAUUUAACAAAAAUGGAGAGAAUUACCGAUUGCUAUCAUCAAUAAUUUGCGCUGCUUUGUAUCCAAACAUUGUAAAAGUCUUGACACCAUCGAAGAGUUUUGUAGCAAGUGCCGCUGGUGCAGUGCCUAAGGAAAAUAACGCCAAGGAUUUAAAAUAUCAAACAAAACAAGAAACAGUAUUUAUGCAUCCAAGUUCAAUAAAUUAUUCCGUAACUCAUUUCCCGAGUUUAUUUCUGGUUUACCAGGAAAAAGUGAAAACUAGUAAAGUUUAUUUUAGGGAUUGCACUAUGGUCCCUAUUGUUCCUUUAGUGCUAUUCGCUGGUUUCGAUCUUAACAUAUCCGUCCAGGAAGGCUCGACUUUUGUCAGCCUGGAAGAUGGCUGGAUUAUUUUGCAGGUGGAAGAACACAAAAUUGCUGAAAUGAUGAAAAUGAUCAGAAUUGAGUUGUUUGAUUUGUUAGAAGAGAAAAUCAAAGAUCCUUUAUUAAAUUUACAACAUCAUGACAAAGGAGAGAAAGUGAUAGAAACAAUUUUAUCAAUGAUAAACUCAUAAUAGAUAUUAUUUUUGUUAUUUAUUUUGCAUCAGAUUAUCUUGUUUUUUAAUAAACAGUUUUAUUUUCA